AAUAAAGGGUGUUUAAAAUAGGGUAUUGCUAAUCUGAAAAGAAACUCGCAUAAAACAAUUCAUACAUAGGUGAGGGCUGUGGGUUUUCUUUCACCUUUUCGUUUCUCUCUCACGCAAUCAAUCAAUCAAUCAGGAUGGAUUGUUUCUCUUUUGCCUUGAACAAUGGAUUUUAGCUUCACCUGCCUUGACAGAAUUGGACAUCAUAUCUGUCCAGGCGAGUAAUGAUUUCCUCGUGAUGAUUGAAGCACAACUGGAAAAUCCCAUUCAGAUGGAAAUUAAAUCACAAGAGUACAAAAUUGAAUUCCUGGUAAAUGAAAAUCAAUCUUUUGCAGCAGAGAAAGGAGAGCCAAGAAUGUCCACUCCUCAUUGUUGCAAUGCCAAGAAGCUCAAAUCCAGGGCCGCCACAAUUGAUCGUGAGAAAGUAGUGUUGGAGAAGAAACUAUGUAGACAAGACAGGAUUGAAUUGGGUCGGUUAUUGCAAGGUGCAGUGAGUUCCCAUAAUUGGGAACUUGCAGAAAGUUUAAUUUUUGUUGCUGAUCCACAAACACUUAAUGAUGCCUUGUGUAUUACACUGGAUUCCAUCUGGUUCUUGAGCACAGAGCCAGAGCUUAAUGGAAUAACUGUAUUUAUCAGGAAGAUCAUUGCUAAUGGUGCUUAUGACUUCACUAGAGCUACUCUAAGGACUUCAUUCCUUGCUUCAUGUGUCUCUGCAUGCCAGAGCAGAACAAUGAGUCUUGUUGAUACUAUCACCGUAAUGGCUCAGAGGUUGCAUGAGCGUCUCCAGGAAUGCAAUGGAGAUGAAGUCUUGAAGGCAGAAGCUGGUGCUAAGGUGCAAAAGUUUACUGAAUGGGCUCUGAAAUGUAUUGGCAUUCAUUCCCAUCUUCAGGAUGAUAGUGAUAAUGUAAUACACAACUCAGCUGUUGAGACCCAGCUCCGGUUAUCUGCCUUUAAGACCUUCCUUGAUCUUGCUGGCAACCACCUUACAGGGAAGGACUUCAGUGAGGCCUUUGAUGCAGCUUGUUUUCCUCUUACUCUUUUCUCAAGCUCAUUUGAUCCAGGUUGGGCAUUUGGUGUGUCGGCUUCUGUGAUCCAAGGGUUGCUGGGCAUGUUAGUAGAGGGAGGUGCAGACAAUGUCAAUCAGUGUUUCUUGGAGGCUUCACGUUUUGGCAGUACAGAACUGGUCCGUGUACUAUUGCAGAUUGCCCAAAGAAACAACUUGGAUGUUGAUGUUGACUUGGCGUUGGGAUUUGCCUCUCAUUACUGCAAGAUAGGCACUAUGGAGUGCUUGGUGGAAGAGGGAAACGCAAUAGCCUUUUUGGGCCCUUUGAUGAGAGCUGCUGAGAGGGGCUGUAUGCAAGUUGUUGAGUGGUUUGUGCAAAGGGGUUGCCGAGACAUGGAGCUCUGCCUUGCCCUUACUGCAGCCACUUCUAGCUGCCAAGUUCACAUUGCUUCUUAUCUUCUUCCCCAUGUACCCCAGCAGGUUCUUGCAGCACUUAGUGUUGAAAUUCUCAAAGCUGCUGGUGAACGCAGUGGUGGAUCUCUUGAUGGUGUAGCAUUUCUCCUCCAAUCUGACUUCUUAGGUGACCCUGCAGCUACAUAUGCAGUUGCAGACAUCAUUGCUAAAUUGGAGGAUGAGGCUGUUGCUCCGGAGCUAAAGGCAUUUCUUAACGAGCAUUGGUCAGAAGGAGCUUAUAUAGAGGGAUUAAGGAUAGGGAAAGAGCAUUACAUGAACCUUGUGAGAAUCAUUAAAUGGGGCGAGUCUCCUAUUUGCUUGAGAGAUCUUCCUGGCCCGCUGACAGUGGCAAUUGCUUAUCUCCCACUUUAUAGAGAGUGUGUCAAGGUGGGGGGCUGUUUGUUUUCUCAACGACUUAGGGGACAAUUGGUUGAAGCCGCACGAAGUCUUGGGGAUAGGGUCUUUGAUGAAGUGACCAAUGGAAGAGAGCUACUGUUAAUUUUGGAGCGCCAUCUUCCUCAAUUUUUGCUCCCUCCCACCAGUGUUGCUUAGCUAGAUUUGGUUACCAUUGUUAUAGAUUUUCCAUUUUUAUUUCCUCUCGCCACCCUUCUUUAUUAUGUAAUGAAUGAAUGCCACCAUUGUUGACAAUUUAUUACUGAGGGACGGGCUUUUAUGGUAGGUUUCCCUUUCCCUCUACAGCCUAAUGCCACCAUUGUACACAUUUUAUAAUUAUUAUUAGAACUGGCGUGUGGUAACACAUUGCAAAUGUAUAGUAUACUUAAGUUUGGGAUCCUCA